AUGACUGCAGUACAGUCCAUAAGCCAUAUAAUAAAGCGCACACUUUCCCUCCGCACUAAACCACUCCAAUUCCCUCCAGCUCAGUGUGCCCCUCCAAUUCCUCAGCACGAACUUAUUAAUGAAGAAGCCUCCCCAGCUUACAACCCCAAAUACUUUUAUCCUGCUAAACCAGGGGAGUUACUUGCCAAUCACUAUCAGUUACUAGUGAAGAUCGGUUGGGGCACACAUUCGACUACAUGGCUGGCGAAAGAUAUCACAAGGUAUACACCCGACUUUGCUCCUUCUGAACAUUUCAUAACACUAAAAAUAAUAAACAACCGCAGCCUUGAUAAAGCUUACCAUGAACGUAACAUUGAGGAGCACAUUUCAAGGCAAAAUCCGUCUCACCGCGGCCGUGCGAUCAUUCAGACCCACCUUGACAGCUUCAAGGUGACAAGUUCCAAAGGAAGCCAUCUAUGCCUUGCAUACAAACCUAUGCGGGAACCUCUGUGGAUUCUCCAGAAACACUUUAUUAAUCAAAGACUCCCUCUCCCCAUUGCAAAGGCAUAUCUCCUUAUUCUCCUUACUGGUCUUGACUAUCUCCAUUCGGAAUGCAGGCUUGACAAUAUUUUGAUGACCUUCAAAAAUGAAGACGUCCUCCCCAACUUUCUCAAAGUACAGAUCAAUAACCUGCCCAUGCAAUGCAAAACAAACGCAAUGACUAGGCAAACAAUCUAUCGCUAUCACAAUGAUUUUAGGCCCCUGGACUGGAGAGAACUGAGAAAAAUGGUGCCUAAAAUCAUCAAUUUUAGGUUAGCAACUUCACUCAAGAACAACAGUCAAGGACAAGCAGGGAAGAGUGAAUUUAGUCUCCAUCCAAUACAACCAGACCAGUAUCGAGCUCCGGAGGUCAUACUUGGCUGCGGAUGGAGUUUUAGUGCAGAUAUAUGGAAUUUUAGGGUUCUGGCCUGGAACAUUAUUGAGCGCACGGAGCUGUUUCAUCAGGCGAAUGACGCUCAAGGGCAUUAUAAUGCCAAAGCACACAUAGCAGAAAUGAUCGCAUUGCUUGGCCCACCUCCAAAAGAGUUACUCGCAAAAUCCAAUGCCAUGACAGAUUUUAAAUGGCCCAACUCUAUCAGAAACAAGGGAGGCAAGCUCUCCAGAAACAGGCGAGAGUAUUUUGAGGGACCCUUUUUCAAUGAAAGAGAAGAGGAGGAGAGACCAGUCUUCUUAUCUUUUGUCAAAAAGAUGCUUACCUGGCUUUCAGAAGACAGACAAACAGCUGGUGAAUUAAUGGGACACCCUUUCUUAACCUGCUGA